CUCGAAUGUCAAAUAUGUCAAACCACACGCCGCGCAGCGCGCAAUUUUUAUUGUAUUGCUUUUCAUUUUUAAACUAAUUUAGGUAGGAAAAUUUGUGAUACACUAAAACAAUGGCUUCUUAUAACAAGACUUUACAAUUACUAGCUUCUAAAUUGGGUUUAAGUGAGGAGGAAAAGGUUUUGAGCAAAGCGGCAGAGUUCGAGCGGCUACUGCAGACCAAAACCGUCGCCGGGAGCAACUUAAGCGACACGAGCAAGUUUGUUUUCUGCUUGGAUUUGGCUGCAAGCCUUUUUGGGGCAGAUCUGGAUGUGAAAACUGCAAUAAAAUACUCUGGACUGAAGCCUAUAGCAUACACAAGUAACCGGAAGACGGUAGAGAACCUUCUAGAAAUAAACAGCAGUAAGCUGACGGUGGCUCAGUUGUGUGUGACGUUGCAAUGCACCGGUAUACAGGAGGUUGCUGAAAAGAUUCUGGAGGAGUACCAGAGACAUUCUAAAGUGGAGUUGGAUUUGAGUCUACCACAGUAUGUCUGCAUGGCUGUCUAUCAAGCUGGAAGAAUAAACAAAGUGAAAGUGUCCAAAGUGAAGAUCAACGAAAAGUGUCGUCUAAAACCCGCCCAGUGGGCGAUGCUCGAAGCGGACUGGACAAAAUUCGUCAAUGAGGAAUUUGCGAGUGCCCCUAAGAAGAGAGGACGGCCUGCGAAAUCUACCGUGAUAGCUGAUGAAAACCGAGAAAUGGAAAUUGACACGAAAGAAGAAACGCCAACAGAGAUAGAGACAGAGCCAUACGAAGACUGGAGACGGCGUAUGCUAGAAUCCGCUUACAAAGAACUAGAAAUGAGAGAGAAAGAAAAUAAGAAAUCACCCAAAAACACUCCUUUAAAAGAGUCUCAACAACGUGGUACACCGAAAAAACAGUUACGUAUCGUUUUACAAAAAGAAUUGUGCACGCAAAAGGAACGUGAUAUUCAGAGAGAAUUACGCGGUACCCCUAAAAAAGAUAAUGGUACCCAAAAAGAUGGUACCCCGAAAAAAGACCCAGGUACCUUAGCAAAAGGUGGCAGUGCACAGAAACAAAGUAUACCAGAAGAAAUAACUCCUAGAAAAUCGCCAAGGAAGACUCCAAUAAAAUACUCCCCUUAUAAGCCCCCCACUAAAGGGGGAGGGGUGAGACUAUUGUUUCCUAAUUUCAUGUGAUGUGUUACCAAAGAUAGGAUAAACACCAUUUUAUAGGUCCAAUAGGGUAUUUGACUGUAUUUAAAAUAAAUUAUUUUACACCAUGCAUGAAAUAAAGCACCAAAAGAUUAAUUGAGAAACGUAGACAGCAGUUAUUUUAAGCCACAAUUUUUAUUUUAAAACUCGUAUAAAACUAUAAAAAGUAGGUAAUUUGAUUGUGACGUCACAUGCUAGUAUUUCAUAUAAAUUCCAUAGUAGCAAAAUCGUUUUGACAGUUCGUUAAAAGAAACUGAAUGUAUUUUGAUUUUGACAUCUAAUUUUGAAACAAUACUCUGAUUUUUUUUUCACAUCUGUUUUAUACAACAUUUUAAAUAAUAUAAUGAUAAUAAUUGACUGAUAGUUUGUAAGGAUUAUAAAUAAGUAAAAGUGCAACGUAUAAUUUUUGAUAAAUUUAGUUUUAGUUGUUGUAAUGUAAUUAAUUAUUAAUUUAUUAUAAUUAUA